UCUUUCUUAUUCACCGGAGUAACCCAAAAAAGGAAAAAACACAAAAAUAAUAAAAAGGAAAAUAAAACAUAAAAAAUCUUCCCCUAAUUUUUUUUUUUUUUGUAAAACCACACAAACUUGGAAGAAUUAAUCUCUCUGCCUCUCUCUCAAACCAAAAAAAAAAAAAAAACCUAGAAGUCAUCAAGAGACGCUAUGGCGGCGGCGGUUGCAUCUGGAAUUGCCCCGACGACUGCUAUGGUUGAUCAGGUUCCUAAUCAACCGCCCGUUACUACUCCUGCUCCUCCCGCGGCCGCUCCUUUCCCUGCUGUGAAUCAGGUUGCUGCGGUUGCGGCUGCUGCUGUCGCUGCGGAAGCGUUGCAAACGCAUCCAAACUCGUCGCUGUACGUCGGAGAUUUAGAUCCGAGUGUCAAUGAGGCACAUCUGUUUGAUCUGUUUAGUUCAGUCGCUACUGUUCAGACAGUUAGGGUUUGUCGUGAUUCGACUAGUCGCUCUCUUGGUUACGCUUACGUCAAUUUCUCUAACCCUGAGGAUGCGAGUCAAGCGAUGGAGAGUCUCAACUACACUCCAGUAAAAGACAGGCCUAUAAGGAUCAUGCUCUCGAACCGUGAUCCGAGCACUAGGUUGAGUGGAAAAGGCAACGUGUUCAUCAAAAACCUUGAUACAUCGAUAGAUAACAAAGCCUUGUAUGAUACAUUCUCGAUUUUCGGGACUAUUCUCUCUUGCAAGGUUGCAAUGGACGUGGUGGGACGUUCGAAAGGGUAUGGCUUUGUCCAGUUUGAGAAAGAGGAAGCCGCUCAGGCUGCUAUUGACAAGCUCAACGGCAUGCUGCUUAAUGACAAGCAAGUCUUUGUUGGCCAUUUUGUUCGCCGUCAGGACAGGUCCCGUAGUGAAAGCGGUGCGUUGCCUCGUUUCACCAACGUUUAUGUCAAGAACCUCCCUAAAGAGAUCACUGAUGUUGAGCUUAAGAAGACGUUUGGGAAGUAUGGUGAUAUCUCUAGUGCGGUUGUGAUGAAGGACCAGGGUGGGGUAUCUAGGUGUUUUGGGUUUGUAAACUUUGAGAGCCCUGAAGCUGCUGCGGUUGCGGUUGAGAAGAUGAAUGGUAUUAGCCUCGGAGAGGAUGUGUUGUUUGUUGGAAGGGCUCAGAAGAAGUCGGAGAGGGAAGAGGAAUUGAGGAGGAAGUUUGAGCAAGAGAGGCUUAGCAGGAUUGAGAAAUUGCAAGGAUCCAAUCUGUAUCUGAAAAACCUUGAUGAUAGUGUGAAUGAUGAGAAGCUCAAGGAGAUGUUCUCUGAGUACGGGAAUGUUACCUCUUGCAAGGUUAUGAUGAACGCUCAAGGUUUGAGCAGAGGGUUUGGAUUUGUUGCUUAUUCUAAUCCUGAAGAAGCUUUAAGAGCUUUGAAUGAAAUGAAUGGGAAGAUGAUUGGAAGGAAACCUCUUUACAUUGCAUUGGCUCAGCGCAAGGAAGAGAGACGUGCGCACCUUCAGAGUCUGUUUACUCACAUCAGAUCACCUGGGACCAUGUCGCCAAUUCCAUCACCAAUGCCUGGGUUUCACCAUCACCCACCAGGAGGUCCAAUGUCAGGACCACACCAUCCAGUGUUCAUAGGGCAGAACGGUCAAGGUCUGGUGCCGUCACAGCCUAUGGGGUAUGGGUACAACCUUCAGUUCAUGGCUGGGGUGCGUCCAGGUGCAGGCCAGGCCAACUUCAUGAUGCCUUUCCCUUUUCAAAGGCAAACUCAGCCUGGUCCCCGUGUCGGGUUCAGGCGUGGUCUUCCUGGUAACAUGCAGCAGCACUUCCAGCAACAACAAAUGUUGCAGCAAAACCCAAGCUCGGGAAUGAGAUACAUGGGAGGCGUUGGCAACAGGAGGAACGGGAUGGAAGCAUCUGCUCCUCAAGGCAAUAUCCCUUUGCCAUUGAAUGCAUCUGCAAUCUCUCACAAUGCUCCUCAACACCCGCACAAGCCUGCUAUCAUUCCCAUUUCUAAGCUCACAUCUGAAUUGGCUUCAGCUAGCCCCGACGAACACCCACAGAUGCUUGGGGAGAAUCUUUACCCACUUGUGGAGCAGCAUGAGCCAGUUCAUGCAGCUAAAGUUACUGGUAUGUUGCUGGAGAUGGAUCAAGCAGAGAUCUUGCACCUUCUUGAGUCACCUGAAGCUCUUAAGGCCAAAGUCUCCGAGGCUCUGGCUGUUCUCAGGCUCUCUGCAAAUCCACCACCAACUGGGUCAUCGGUCGAUGACCAGUUUGCUCUCUCCUCAACCGAGUGAACCUACUGUUUACUCAAGACAAUAUUCAUUUGGCUUUCUUAGACAGGAACUCCUUAACUAGUUUUUUUUUCUUUCUCUCCUUUGCAACUUCUCUUUGAUAGGUUUGUUUUGAGUUUCUUACUCUUAGCAUUAAGACAGUUCUUUUUCUAGUUUCGUUUGGAGUCUACUUGAUGAAUUAAAACCCUUUUGCAUCUCUAAAUCGUUUCAGAAUC